AUGUCGUCACCAUUCAAUAUUCCCUAUGUUCAAUACGUAAAGGAAUUCUUAAUAGUUAACAAUAGCUUCGACCAAGAGAGUACGGCCACUUCCCCAAGUACCAGCAUUACAAAACAUAAUUCUCAUCAUUUCCGAGAUUCAUCCGCGGAUUCUUCCGAUAAGUCGAUAGCUGAGGCUAUCCAAUUUAAAAAGUUACCUACCAGAAGGUACACAAUCCCCGGACGAAUGAAUCCUUUUGGAUUGAUUGGUGGUUCCGAGAAUGCUAACAGGGUGAACAGAUUCUGGGAGGUCGGACGAGAAGAUUCAUCGGUUCAAGUCGCUAUGGAACAUGUUCAAUUUGGCUUGUAA